ACUUUUCUUUACAGGUGCCUGCUGAUGGAAACGCUGGAUUGCUGGCAGAACCUCAAAUUGCAAUGUUCUGUGGGAAACUCAACAUGCACAUGAAUGUGCAGAAUGGAAAGUGGGAAUCGGACCCCUCUGGCAUCAAGACUUGCAUUGGGACAAAAGAAGGGAUUCUUCAGUACUGCCAGGAAGUCUACCCUGAAUUACAAAUAACCAAUGUUGUUGAAGCCAACCAGCCAGUUACGAUCCAGAACUGGUGCAAGAAGGGAUGGAAGCAGUGCAAUGGUCACCCUCAUAUCGUGGUUCCCUACAGGUGUUUGGUGGGUGAGUUUGUGAGUGAUGCCCUUCUGGUACCAGACAAGUGCAAGUUCCUUCACCAGGAGAGGAUGGAUGUGUGUGAAACUCACCUGCACUGGCAUACCGUUGCUAAAGAGUCUUGUAGUGAGAAGAGUAUGAAUCUGCAUGAUUAUGGCAUGCUGCUUCCCUGUGGAAUCGACAAGUUUCGUGGUGUGGAGUUUGUUUGCUGCCCAUUAGCAGAGGAGAGUGACAACCUUGAUUCAGCUGAUGCUGAGGAUGAUGAUUCAGAUGUCUGGUGGGGAGGUGCAGAUGCAGACUAUGCAGAUGGAAGUGAUGAUAAGGCUGUUGAAGAGCAACCAGAGGAAGAAGAUGAACUAACUGUUGUGGAAGAUGAUGAUGCCGAUGAUGACGAUGAUGAUGCCGAUGAAAUUGAAGAAGAGACAGAGGAAGAAUACGAGGAGGCAACUGAAAGAACUACCAGUAUUGCAACCACUACCACCACAACUACAGAGUCUGUGGAAGAAGUUGUCAGAGAGGUGUGCUCUGAGCAAGCCGAGACUGGUCCCUGCCGCGCGAUGAUCUCCCGCUGGUACUUUGACGUGGCCGAAGGAAAGUGUGCGCCCUUCUUUUACGGUGGCUGCGGCGGGAACCGGAACAACUUUGACUCGGAGGAGUACUGCAUGGCGGUCUGUGGCAGCGUCAGUAAAAAUCCUGCUUUUCUUGCCCCACUCUCUUCCCUGCCCCCAAAUUUUGCCUCAGUCCCUACCACAGCUGCUAGCACUCCUGAUGCUGUUGACAAAUACUUGGAGACACCUGGAGAUGAAAAUGAACAUGCCCAUUUCCAGAAAGCCAAGGAGAGACUUGAGGCUAAGCAUCGUGAAAGGAUGUCUCAGGUCAUGAGAGAGUGGGAAGAGGCAGAACGCCAAGCAAAGAACUUGCCAAAAGCUGACAAGAAAGCUGUUAUCCAGCAUUUUCAGGAGAAAGUAGAAUCACUGGAACAGGAAGCAGCGAAUGAAAGGCAACAACUGGUGGAGACUCAUAUGGCACGAGUGGAAGCCAUGCUGAAUGACCGUCGCCGCAUCGCUUUGGAGAACUAUAUCACAGCCCUGCAGACUGUCCCACCCAGGCCUCGUCACGUAUUCAACAUGCUGAAGAAGUACGUACGUGCUGAGCAGAAAGACAGACAGCAUACUCUCAAACACUUCGAGCAUGUCCGCAUGGUAGACCCAAAGAAAGCUGCCCAGAUCAGAUCUCAGGUUAUGACACAUCUACGUGUGAUAUAUGAGCGCAUGAACCAGUCUCUCUCCUUCCUCUACAAUGUGCCUGCUGUGGCAGAGGAGAUCCAGGAUGAAGUUGAUGAAUUACUUCAGAAAGAGCAAAACUAUUCUGAUGACGUUUUGGCCAAUAUGAUCAGUGAACCCAGAAUCAGCUAUGGAAAUGAUGCUCUCAUGCCUUCAUUGACGGAAACUAAGACUACAGUUGAACUUCUCCCAGUGGAUGGAGAGGUCAGCCUAGAUGACCUUCAGCCAUGGCAUCCCUUUGGUGUUGAUUCCGUUCCAGCCAAUACUGAAAAUGAAGUUGAACCAGUGGAUGCCCGCCCAGCUGCGGACAGAGGACUCACCACACGACCAGGUUCUGGGUUGACCAAUGUUAAAACAGAAGAGAUAUCUGAAGUGAAGAUGGAUGCAGAGUUCCGGCAUGACUCAGGAUAUGAAGUUCAUCAUCAAAAGCUGGUGUUCUUUGCUGAAGAUGUGGGAUCAAAUAAAGGUGCCAUCAUUGGACUAAUGGUGGGAGGUGUUGUCAUAGCAACAGUUAUUGUCAUUACUUUGGUGAUGCUGAAGAAGAAGCAGUACACAUCUAUCCAUCACGGGGUUGUGGAGGUGGAUGCUGCAGUGACACCAGAGGAGCGCCACCUUUCCAAGAUGCAGCAAAAUGGCUAUGAAAAUCCCACCUACAAGUUCUUUGAACAGAUGCAGAACUAGGACACCACAGCAGCCUCAUGAGUUGGACAGCAGAAUGAUUGCUUCACUGCCCAUCGGUGUUCAAUUAUAGAAUAAUGUGGAAAGAAAGAAAAAAACAAACACUCUGUUUUAUUAUUUACUCAUUCUCGCCUUUUGACAGCUGUGCUGUAACACAAGUAGAUGCCUGAACUUGAAUUAAUAAAAUCAGUAAUGUAUUUUCUCUUUCUCUUUACAUUUCAGUCUUUACACUACAUUAUUAAUGAAUGUUUUUUGUGUACUGUAAAGAGGUUAGCUGUAUUUAACUAGUGCAUGGAUAGAUUCUCUCUCCCAAUUAUUUAUCAUGUAGCUCCUUAGCCAGUUGUAUAUUAUUCUUGUGAUUUGUGACAAAAAUUAAGUCCUAAUUGAAAUAUGCUUUAAGAAUUGAUGGGGGAUGCUUUCCGUGUCUGUGGGGUUUAGCUGCUUCUCUUUGCUGAGCUAUUUUUUUUCUGAUCACUAUGCAUUUUAAAGUAAAACAACAUUUUUUUAAAAGUAUUCCAGAUGAGUUACUGAAAUUCUUUUCCUCUGCAGCUGCAUUUUAUUGUACAGAUUGUUGCUCCUGCUGUAUUAGUGACGUAGAAAUCAUGGGAAUACACAUUCGUUUCUUUGUGCCUGUUUUAUGUGCACACUUUAGGCAUUGGAAGGUAAACUUUAUUUUCUUUUCCAUGUAUCUUUUUGAUCUUUAAAAAAAUAUUAAAAAGAAUCCCUGUUAAUUGUGAGCACUUCGGGGGGGGGGAAAAGUGCCUGCUGGUUGAAAAUUAACAGGGAUCCUCUUCAGGAUGAUUGUACAGAACCAUUGCUUAUGAAUUGAUAGCUUUCUACACUGUGUUACAUAAAUAAAUUAAGAAAAAAGAACGUUUGGGCAAGAGUUUUCUUUGCAGGCAGAAAGCAAAAGUUUUCUAAAAGCCACUUAAAUGGAAAACUUGGACGCUCACACUGAGAGAGGGUUGGGAAGGGAUUUUCCUACAAGGAUCACGGUACUCACAGACCAGAGCAGAAGGAAGAUGGCAGUGAGAGGGAGUGGGGAGUGAGGGGCACUGACUUUAGAACACCUGCCUCUCUAAGAUGUCUUCUUUUUGUUUUUUUUUUCUUUUCCUUUCUUUCAGUUUGUAUAA